AGGCGCCGCCCCCCUCCGCCGCCGCCGCGCCCCGCCGCGCCCCGCGCCAUGUCGGACCGGCUGGCCAAGCCCACCUGCCUCAUCGUCGCCAGCGCCGCCGCCGCGGGCGUGUCAGCCCAGUCGUUCCUUCACUGCUUUACGCUGACUAGCUCGGCUUUUAAUCUGCAAGUCGCAACUCCAGGGGGGAAAUCAAUUGAUUUUGUGGAUGUGAACGAGAGCAACAUGCGCUGGGUACAGGACUUUCGUAUGAAAUCGUACGCAAACCCUGCCAAGUUGGAGUCGAUUGAUGGCGCUAGGUACCACGCGCUGCUGAUUCCAAACUGUCCUGGGGCUAUGACUGACCUUGCAAACAGCGGGUACCUGGCUAAGAUAUUGCAGCACUUCAGCACUGAGAACAAGCCGAUCUGUGCGAUUGGACAUGGAGUUGCAGCUUUGUGUUGUGCCACCAAUGAGGAUAAAUCCUGGGUAUUUCAGGGAUACAGCCUGACAGGGCCCUCUGUGUAUGAACUAGUGAGGCAGCCUAAUUUUGCCAGUUUAUCCAUUAUUGUGGAAGAUUUUGUGAAAGACUCUGGAGCUACAUUUAGUGCCAGCAUUCCAGAUGCUGUACAUGUUGUGCUGGACAGACACCUGGUGACAGGACAGAAUGAAAAUUCCACUCUUCCUGCCGUCCAGAAUCUUCUUAUUCUUUGCAAUGUCAGCAGGAAAUGAAGAAGGAGGUGUCUUUCCAAACAGGAUGGAUGAAGAGCCAGCAGGCUAAGGAUUUUCUUGUCUGGUAACUGGAUAAAACAUCCCUCUAACUUUCUGCCCCGGACUAUGAAGUUACUGUGACAGUGGAGUAGCAAUGUCAGGUUUUGCAUACAUAGAAUGGAUGAAGGUUGUGAAGAAAACGUAGAAGUGCAUCACACUUGAGAAGUGACUAUGAAACCACCUUGCAUUUUUGUUGCUACAUCUCUUUUCACUGCUUCUUUCUGGACCCUUGAUUUACAGAUGUGGGGAACUGUCCUUUAAAAAAGAAACACCCAAACCCAACAAACGGAACAGUUGGUGCUGUGGAUACAAAUUGCUGAAGCUGAAGACCUUGCUCUAGGUUGACAGUUAUGCUGAUUGUUAGUAACUCUGCCCCAAAGAGCAAGCACUUGGAGCUCUGUGAGCCAUCUGGUGUUUGUGUUCAAAAUAUCAAAAUCUACACCUAAAGCUUCAUGGAAUUGCAAUGUCAGAUGUAUUCUCAUUUGGUAGGUCACAAAGUUACUGUCUGAACUCUGAAUGUGUCUGGGACACUUGGAUAUACUUGGAAUAGGAUGGAAAAUGCUUAGCUAAACACUGAAUAAAGCAGAGCCAGUUGUCUGAAGGCAGCUUGCUGGUGAUACCGUUGGCAAA